AUGUUGCUCACUAUUAAACAGCCAGCACAUCACGGUUACAAGUCUUUCCAUGACUAUACUCCUCCCACACCGCCGUCCACCUCUCGUUUCUCUCCUGCGGUUGCCUCGACGGGACCGUCACUCCCUCCCAUACCUGCCACCAACAAAUCUCUUCCUCCUCUACCGGCUGCAAAAGCGACUCCACAGCCAAUGUCUACACCCCAUCGUGGCUUGCCUCCAGUGGCGGCCAUGACACUGCCUCAAUCCACACAGCAACCACCGCCAAUAGGUCAACCGCCCUUAAAUCAGCCUAUGGGACAGUUGCCUGCUCCACCACAGCAAUGGCAAGGGGCAGAAGAAUCGAUGAGGAAUUGGUUGCAUGCCAAGGCCGAAGAAGACAAACGAAAGCAGGAGGAAGAGAAGACUCGACAAGAGUCACUUCGACUCGAGCAACGAAAGAUCGAGCAAGAUAUGCUGAGGACGUCAUUGAGCGGAGGCAUCCCUCCCUACAUGAUUCCCAUGGUUUUUGCUGGUAUGGGAGGGGGCAAUCUCCCAAAUGCCAGCUUAGAAUGGGCCCAACACUACAUGGCACAAGCUCACCAUCUCCAACAACAGCAGCAAAUUCAGCAGCAGCAGCAGUUACUUCCCUCGCAGGGUCAAACUUCGCCCGAGCAGGUACAGAGGAGAGAUUCUCGAGUCCAGCCAUAUGGGGGACAGCAGCAUCCUGCGCCUAUGACUGUUCCAUCAACGCCUAUCGGGACAGUGAGCUCUCAAACACAAGGAGCUGGCUUUCUACCGAGCUAUCCAAUGUCACCAGCAUCUCGAGCACGCCAACCUGUUCCAGCACAGAGCGCAAUUGCCAGGCAGCCUCAAGCGUCUCAUUUACCUAGGCUGAAUACGGGAGAAAUGCAUAUCCAACCACCCCCACCAGGUCCGAGCAUGCAAAUACUCCCUGGCCAACCAAGCCAUCCGUUGCAGCAAUCACACUGCAUUUUAAUGUUUAUCCCAGAUCAUACUUCAUCCCCGAAGAAACGCAAGGCUACGGGACCUCAACAGGCUGCGCCGCCACCAACCUCGCAGCCUCAAUAUACUUCUCCCCCAUUCUCGCAGACUGGUUCGUCUGUCUCGAAUACACCCUCGAGCCGACGUCGCGGCCACUCGAGACAAAGAAGCGACAUGUCAAGUCGGGGUGUCGACUCUUACGGACGGCCCACGAGUCGCCAUCGCCAUACGGAGAACACUUUCAGUGUUCAGAGUGGGGCAUCACCACAAACUCAAGGUUCGGAGCAGCAAGGGCCGGCGGCAGCAGGAGAGGCACGGCGACGAUCGGGGGGCUCGCAUCCCGUUUCAUCAAUGUUGGAGCAGAGCGAGUCGCGGCCAUCGUCAUAUUCGCAGCAAACACAAAGAGACCCUCAGUAUUCGGCUGGACCGGAGAUGAGGUAUGAGGAACGACGUACGACGCCCGAAGAAGACAGUUCAAGACGAGCAGGUGUUGCCAAGCGAGAUGAUGGGCGAGAUUAG